ACAACUUGAGGAGAAUGCCAUGCGGAAGGCCAAAGACGAACGUGUUAAAAUCACGACGGCAUUCUUCCGCGACAGUUUUGACGAAGAAGAUGACGAGGAAGAAGAAGACAAAACUUCGGAAGGGAUAACGAAAGAAUCGGAGAAAAUUCUCUCGCAAACAUCCUCGUCAUCUAACGGUGAUUCAACAAAAAUCAGCAUCACAAACGUAGAAGUUUCGUCAAAUUUGAUCACGCCUAAUCCUGAACUUGCGGUUUCCGCUUUACACUUAGAUCGAACUCUUAAACAGUUGCAAACUUCGUCCGAAAAUUCCAGUUCGUCGAACAACGUGAACGAUGGGCACAUAAUAUCGGAUUAUUGCGAUAGGAAAAAAGAAUCUAACAGAGACAGCGAUGUGAUUUCGAAAGCCAGAACGCAAAGACUGGCGGCGCCGGUGUCGGAUUCCGAUGAUGUCUUCUCCGUGUCCAAGCACGAAGAUGUCGUCGCAAGGGAGUCAUCUGCGGGAUUUCAAUCUUCAAUCGAGGACCACCCGAUGCGUGCCAAUAAAGCAAUUACGGACAGAUCGACAAAUUCUCAAUUGACGAGCAAUCUUUUACAAGUCCCUCCAGAGACAUCAAGAUCCAGCGAACACUUUUAUUUUCCAUCGUUAUUAUUACGUUCGGCAAGUGCCAGAGAACACUCAGACAUCGGGAAGAUACACAAUACGGAAUCACCUUCGGUGAUGGUCACUCGAGACGGUGUCGAUGAGAAAUCUAGCAUAGGCGGUGGACGCAGGUCGACAUUGCCGAUGACGAGCUCCGAUUUGAAUCAGUCCACUUUGAAAAGUUCCACGGAGAUCAACCAGAGAUCGCCGACCUUCGAGGACAUCCUGGCCGGCACCAGCGUGAAUCCAAUUCGGAAGUUCAGCAUAGCGAACGCGGCCAUUUGCUCGAGUCUGGCUCCGAGCUUGCUCGGAGCCAUCCCCGGUGUGCCGAAUUCCCUCUUACCGAACGGAGACUACAAAGACGGCAAUCUGCAGCGAAGUGCCACCUUGUCGAAUCUGUCAACCACCUCUAGCGCCAUCAGCGACAAUACUUCCAUCGGUAGAACGCGUCGCGGAUUGAGAUCGUUUCUUCGUCUCCACAUACCCGAGCCACAUGCCGCGAUCUGGCACGACACUGACGAGGACUACCAUCAUCACCUGCAUCAUCAGCAUGAUCAUCACCACCACCACCAUCAUCAUCAUCACGUGUUCUCGCACAUUCACGUACCUACCAUCACCUUCACGGCGCCGGCCGGCGACGGCACCGGUCGGCACAAGUUUAACUUCGCCAUCCGAAGGCACUCGCAGGCGACAUUGCAUCGGACUGACUCGAUGGUAUCGCUUUGUUACCGAUCACUCGCGAGCUAUAUCACAGAUGAUAAUCUCGCCGGACUGCAGAGCUUUCUUGAGAACAAGCGAGUGCAGGUCGACGACAGAGAUGAGAACGGUAGCACCGCCCUCAUCCUUGCAGCAAUUAAAGGAAAAAUACACUUUGUCCGUGAACUCAUUAAUCAUGGAGCGGAUGUUAAUGCCGAAGACGCGGAUAACUGGACAGCAUUGUUGUGCACAGCAAAGGAAGGCCACACGGAGAUUUGUCUCGAGUUGUUGGAACAUGGCGCCGAUUUGGAGCACCGAGACUUGGGUGGAUGGACGGCGCUCAUGUGGGCGACGUACAAGGGCAAAUCAGCGACGGUGACGAUGCUGCUGGGGCGCGGGGCUGACGUCAACGCGCACGGAAAUUUUCAUAUUUCCUCGUUAUUAUGGGCCGCUGGUAGGGGUUAUCCUGAUAUAGUCAAAGAUCUCGUUGCUCAUGGGGCGAAGGUCAAUGUCGGUGACAAGUAUGGCACAACAGCACUUGUUUGGGCAUCGCGCAAGGGAAAUGUAGAGAUCGUUGAUAUCCUUCUCAAAGCUGGAGCCAAUGUCGAUACAGCAGGCAUGUAUUCAUGGACUGCUCUACUCGUGGCAACUCUUGGUAACCAUGUAGAAGUCGUAUUACUACUACUGGAGCAUAAACCUAAUGUGAACGCUCUAGAUAAAGACGGUUGCACCGCCUUAGCGAUUGCCUGUCGUGAAGGUCAUCACGAAAUAGCGAAUGCUCUUUUAAAUGCCGGUGCUUACGUUAAUAUUCAGGAUCGAGCCGGCGACACGAAUUUAAUACAUGCAGUUAAAGGGGGUCAUCGAGGUGUGGUGGAAUCAUUAUUGAAGAAAUAUGCAGACGUCGAUAUCGCUGGAAAGGAUAAAAAAACCGCAACUUACAUAGCCGUAGAGAAAGGCAAUAUACCGAUACUCAAAUUAUUACUAAACGCUAACCCAGACCUGGAGAUUGCCACGAAAGACGGCGACACGCCUUUAUUACGGGCGGUGAGGUCGCGUAACGCCGAAAUCGUGCAAUUGCUUUUAGACAAGAAAGCCAAGGUCUCGGCUACGGACAAGAAGGGCGACACUGUACUGCACAUAGCGAUGCGCGCGCGAUCGAAAGCGAUCGUCGAGAUACUACUGAGGAAUCCAAAGAAUAGCCAGUUAUUGUACCGUCCGAAUAGACAAGGCGAGACCCCCUACAACAUCGACGUCAAUCAUCCCAAGACAAUUCUUGGACAGAUAUUUGGUGCUCGACGUUUAAAUACUAACGAGGAUAACGAGAAUAUGCUUGGUUACGAUUUGUAUAGUAGUGCGCUAGCAGACAUUCUCAGUGAACCGUCACUUUCUACGCCAAUUACUGUCGGUCUUUAUGCAAAAUGGGGUUCCGGAAAAUCAUUUUUACUGAACAAAUUGAGAGAGGAAAUGAAGAAUUUUGCACGACAGUGGAUUGAUCCAGUAUUCCAAUUCUCUUCUUUACUCUUUUUAGUAAUAGCUCAUAUAUCUUUACUUGUGGGCGUCACAUUAGGCCUUACUCUACAGUCAUGGAUCAUUGGUUUAUCGUGUGGAAUAAGUUUACUAGUUAUCGUUUAUAUCUUUCUAUUUCUCGUUUGGUAUGCCAAUAAGAGGUACGACUGGUACUGGCCAUAUAAUCUGACAGUCGAACUCACCACUAAGUUGAAUGCGCUAAAAUUACUUUUACAAGUGAUCUUCUGUCAUCCACCGGGUAGUCAGUGUCACGACGGCAUAGCAGUACAGCCGAUAAAGUUUUACUUCACCGAUCAAACUCGCGUGGGCACGACCGCUGCCGGUGAGAAUGCGGUCGUGCAGAUGGUCGGCUCGCUAUACGAUUCCAUAGAGAAUGAUUUCGGUUCUCUGUCCACCAGGCUAUAUAGAGCAUUUCGACCGAAACCCGAUAAAUCGACUACUACAUGGAAAUGGAGGCGUCUAUGCUGCUUGCCGUAUAUAAUUAUAUUCGAAUUCUGCUUCUGCAGCUUGCUCGUCGGUAUUUCGGUGCUUACGGUAUAUCUCAUAGAUAUUUCGAGCGACGUAUCCAAGAUAGAGCGAGUUACUGCUCACAUUAUUAUGAUAGCAAUCGCCUUGGUCUUGGCCAUCAGUAUAAUAGCGAAUCUGUAUACGUGGAGUAGAACAUUGCAGGCGUUGGUUUUUUCACAAAGAAGACACCUUCAGCGUAGUAUAUCGAAAUUGGAGACUCUCAAGAGCGAAGGAUUCAUUCAAUCUUUGAGAAGUGAAGUCAAUUUGAUGACUGAAAUGGUCAAAUGCUUGGAUAGCUUCAUGGCUCAACAAAGUAGGCUAGUUAUAAUAGUGGAUGGUUUGGACAGUUGCGAACAAGAUAAAGUUCUACUCGUUUUGGACGCUAUACAGGCCUUAUUUAGCGAUAAUGGAUGUCCCUUCGUCGUAAUAUUAGCGAUUGAUCCACAUAUUAUAGCUAAGGCAGUGGAAGUAAAUAGCAGAAGACUAUUCUCAGAAUCGAAUAUUGGCGGUCACGAUUAUUUACGGAAUAUGGUGCAUUUGCCAUUUUAUUUGCAAAACAGCGGCUUACGUAAAGUCAAGGUCGCGCAACAAACUGCUCAAUACUGCAAGAAGACUGCAUGGACGGAGGCCGAAGAGAGUGUCAACUAUACUGCGACCAGUACGAUGCAUCAUUCGGUAUCUAACAGGAGACUUAGCACAGAAUCGGCCAUAAUGAAUAGCAACGAAAAACUGAAACCCCAAACUAGGAAGGGUAGUAGAAAAUUGCGAUUAAGUGAAUCGAUUGCUAGCAGUAUUGGCAGCAAUUUGAAUCGUCUGGGCGGCGCGCAGGAUCUCAAUAAGAUGUUGCUCACUGAUGAUUAUUUUAGUGAUGUAAAUCCCCGUAGUAUGAGAAGAUUGAUGAAUGUUGUUUAUGUCACUGGACGAUUACUUAAAGCAUUCCAGAUUGAUUUCAACUGGUAUCAUUUGGCUAGUUGGAUCAACAUUACUGAACAGUGGCCUUUCAGGACAUCCUGGCUUAUUCUUCAUUACGACAUGUAUGAGGAAAGCUUGGAUGACAACAUGUCACUGAAAAGUCUUUAUGAUAAGGUACGACCGCAAAUUCCGGUCCUAAAAGAUGUACAGCCGCUUCUCGAGAUGGACAGAGACGAGCGCAAGUUAGAUGUCUUCCUCACUUUUCACCGAUCUAGCUUACUCAUUAGCGAUAUGAAAAUAUUCUUGCCUUUCACUAUCAAUCUAGACCCUUAUAUUAAGAAAAAGAUAAAGGAAGAACAACAAAGUAUAGAAGAAGACAUGAAUCAAUUUUACAAACAAAAUGGUGCUCGGCAUGGUGCUAUGGCUGAUCAAUGGGUUUCACAAAGAGGCAUGUUGAAUCGACAUAUGAAGCUUGCUAAACAAUCAAGUUUACAAGGAUCUGUGCCACCAACACCAUCGUGGGCUUACCAGCCGAAUUUUGAAUGGCAAGCUCCGUCUUGGAUACAAAUACCUCCUACAGAACCAGUCGUAAAACAAAUUUCUGCAACAACCAUGUUACCGCCUGAAAUUCUGGAAAUAAAAUUGUCAUCUUUAUCAGUGAACGGAGUCUGCGACUUGAUCGACAAAAUCGAAAACCUUAAUUACAUUCAAGCUCCAAUAUAUAAGCAAACCAUCAAAGAGAAUAAUGUUACUGGACGAGUUUUAUUGUACUGUGAUUUGCAAGAAUUGAAAAAGGUAUUUAAGAUGACUUUUGGAGAUUGGGAAUUAUUCCGCAUGGUAAUUGUAUCACUUCGAGAAAUAGAAUUGUCAUCAUUUUCAUAUGAAGAGGGUCCUCGAAGUGUCCGAUUUACCGUAACCUCCGAACGCAAAGAUCAUACUCCAAAUAAUUCGAUGCGUGUACCUGCUCAUGUGGAAAAAGAAAAAGGAACAUCGAGAACAGACGGGCCGACUCGUCGUGACCAGAAUAAACAAUCUAUCAUGGAAAAGCAGUUCCAGGUAACGUUAGAAGAGCAAAUGAUUUGUGGAGCACUGCAGACCUUGAACGAGGAAGCUUGCGAGGAUGUAUUAGAUGUGCCAUCGCCAGCAGUGGCACCAGCAACAGACUCACUUUCCUCAGGACCGGUUGCCAUCUCGGUACAUGAUACAGAGUACGUGCUGCUUCAAGCCAGUCCGCUGUUUCACUGGGUGCCGGUUAACGAUGAUCCGAUCAGCUCGGACGACAGCUCGCACGAUUCCACCGUAUUCCUUCAACGUACCAAUUCUCAACGCAGCAUCGCAUCCCAACGUAGUACAAGAUCCGCCUGUUCGCACAAGCCUCUAAAGAGGACCGAUAGUAAUGUCAGUACUAGGCCAUCCUCGUUAUUCGUCUCUCCGCCGCCAUCGCCGAAGCCUGCCAUCAGAUCGAAGUCGACCGACGACAGAUGUAUGGGGAAUAAUAUAUCCCUGAAGAUCACGUCGAUACCUCUUCAGAAAAAACGUUCGUCUUCGACGAACAAUGACGAGGUAGCGAUACAAAUGCCCACGUCCAGCCUGGAGAAAUUGUCGAAGCUGAAAGAUCGCCUAAUCGGCACCGUGCCGACGGCGGGAUCAUCAGCAGCCGGUGGUGAAAGCGAUGACGAGUCCACGCCGCUAGUGUCCGAGUUGUCCACACCAACACAUUCCCAAUCCGAUAGCGUGUUCAAACACGACUGUAGCGCGGAAAACAGCAGCUCACCGUCAUCCAACAGAAGUUUACCGCGGGAUGGAGAACGUCAUAUAGAUCUAGAUUACUCCGAUACCGUGAGCCUCAUGAUACGCGAGUCCUCGAACACUGAAUCGCCAUCUCGGCACGACACCGAAACGUGGGAUGAUACGGAAACGCCUGUCUAAUACUUGUCUUCAAUAUAUCUUCAAUAUAUGAACUUUAACUCAUAGUGCGUGAAGAUGAUGCGGCACCUGCUGAGCAGGUUUAUGCGACAUAAUUAUAUUUUAACGAAGUCGAGAUAAGAUAUCGGUUUCUGUGUGUAAAUAUUGCGGCAUUUCUUUUAAUAGCUAAAAGUGAUAAAUGUAUUCAUCUGCUCAGUAAUAUGACUGAUAUGAUGAACAAAUAUUGCCUUCUCGCGUCAGUCGCGCGAUAAAUCCUUAGUUUAGCAAAACAAAACGAUCUCGGGAUAUAUGAUGCCGAAGCGACAUUCCGUGUAAAUAAUCAAUGCAUUUACGAAUGCAAAUAUUUAUUGACUAGUUUCCUUUUUAUAUUGAAUUAAUACUGAAUUAGUAUUGGAAGAGAAAUGAAAAAACUUUCCCAGUAUAUAGUAUCAAUAUUCUGAUCCUAAUAAUCAAUUUACGUCAAUUCACAAAUAGAGUAAUUCGAGUAAUAGUAAAUGCUAAAGAGUAUAUUUUAAACAAAAUCUUAUUUAAAUGACCAAGAUACAUGAUUAGACUACAUUACACUAACGAAUUUAUAGAAUAUACUUUUAUUGAACAUAAAUAUAAGACAAGUGUCACAAACAUAACUUAUACAAACGAUAAUUUUUAUUUAUAUCAAUUUAUAUCUACUUCUGAAAAGUUUUUAUAAAAAAUUUUAUUAGAAUAUUACAGUAAGGAGAAUUCAAUUAGUUGAAAUAUAUUUAUUUUUAG